UACAGUGUCAGUGUGAUCGGGCUCUACGGGGCUACGAAACGUCGGCACGAGCGCAGUGUCCCUAGCUCGGGGAAUCGGGCGCGUCCUCAGGUUGCGGAUAGAGGAACGGCCUGCAGAUAUGCAGGUUAGCCGCGAAAUAAGAAGUCCAUUCAUUUGGACUGACGAAUAAGCGGUCGCGGACAAUGAGCUCCUCGUUCGCUCGUUAACCCUGCAGAUAUGUAGGGUAACCGUGAUAUAAGCCACAUUAAAGUGGACGAAUAAGCGGUAGCGAUCGAGGGUAAUUUCACAACGGGCGGGUGGGCCCGAUAGCCUGGUAAGGUGACCACCUAGGUGAAGGUAACACCGAAAACAAAUCCCCUGGCGGCAGGUAAAACGCACGGAAGGACACCCUCAAAACCAAAUAUGGAAGGACACCAGGAUAAAAAAACUGUUACGGUGCCAGGAGUUUCGGAGACUCCAGGACCGGCUGGGGAGAGUGCUAACGCAGGCUUGACCCGGUCGUUAUCCAGCGACUGCGGAAAAACCGUUGGACUGUUGAGGCAGGGUCCAGGGGGCGUUCGCGCCCAAGUUACUGCUGGAGGAUGUGGGGAGCAGGCAUCCUCCGGUGUCCUUAGGGACACCGAGGUUACUGCCGGAAGUGUAGAUCUCAACCGCGAUGUGGUAGAUGAGUGGUCGGGCAUCAGGGGUCGUUUCUGUAACGACAUCCCUAUGUCCCGCUCUGAAUUUGACAGAUAGUCAAACCUAGAGAACCUAGAAGGCGUACGGAUGGAGUGUUUUCCGCACGGGGGUUUCCGGUCGCCCGCAGACUUUCGCAGUUCGGUGACCUCCAUCCUCAGAAUGAUGAGAGAUGACCUCUCCGCCGGUGUAGGGUUUAGUCCCGAACGGGUUAUACCUUAUAACCCCUUUGAUGGGAUAGAGGAAGAGGAAGAAAGGGACAACCUUAUGUCUCGCUGCGUGUCGGCACUGAGGGGCGGUAGCGACACCGCGACCGACCGUGUCGUGCAAGCCGCCAAGCUCGCCCUCAGCGAGAUCUUGUCCCGGCACAAAAGUAACCCUACUCUUGUCGCCGCAGGCACGGGUCUUGGAGAUGCAGUGGACGCAUACGAGUAUGCCAGCUGGUUAGCCCAGAAGGAAAGUGCUUCGGGAAACUCACCCGUGGAGGGACCUAGUCUGCCCGAACUGGUGAGCGGUCCAAACACCGAUGAAGAUGAUGUGAUGCGUACUGGUCACGGACCAGGCGGGGAGGAAGCUGAGCCAUCGUUAGGAGAAGAAGGCACAUCGCAGAAACGGUCUCCAGCACUCAGCCACCUCCGGAUGGAGACGCCCCCAAAGCGUCAUCCAGGGAAGAGGAGGGCGGUGGUACGGGAAGACGAGAGUGAUGAUGAGGAGACGUUUGACGCUGGCCUCAACCACCUCGUCUCUCUCUCCAGAGCCGCGGAGGUAGAGGGAAGCCUCAUGAAGGACGUGCCAAAUACUCAUUUGGCAUUCCUUCUUGAGCAGAUAGCCCUGUCGUGCCAGGCUCUGACUGAGUUAAGAAGCUCAGCUGAACCACGCCGGAAAAGGAGGAAUGACACUGCGGAGGAAAUGACUGCGACUCCGACCAUGGUCAACGAAGUCGCCGACCAAGUCAGAGUACUCCGUGGUGUCAUCGACAAACGGAGAGGUAUGGGAGUCCAUAGAGAGGUCCAGGAAGCGACGAAGAAACUCGAAGCGGUACUGGAGGGAGAGAGGAGAAGGAAGCCGUCGUCAAGAGUUGGGGUCCAUCAGGCCCCACCCGAUGAAAGAGCCAUGCUGGGUCGGGUUGAGAAGGUACCCACCAAGGAAGCGGGAACACAAACGGAGCACCCCGAGGCUGCAGUGAGCGUCGGCGAACUGAGCACCGGAGUCGCUGCGUCGAAUACCCUUGGGGAGAGCGCACCGGACGGCGACCUGCCACCCACCGCCAAGGUGGUCAAACGGGUACGGAAACGCCGGCGUAAGAAGGCUAAUGGCAGGAACGAUGGUGAAGCGGGUGUCGCCCCACAAUCGCAGACUGCGGUUGCGGCGGGCGUCCCAGGCCUGCCGUCCCAGAACGUGGUAGCGCCUGCGGUGCCACCGCAAGAUACCUGGUCGGACGUGGUCCGCCAUAAGGCUCCUAACUGGUCGGCGAAACCUCAUCCAAACCCCGAACCUCCCGUCUCAGUGCGGAGACCCGUCAUAAAGGCGAAGGCCCCGCGGACCGAGGCCGUUGUUAUCGGUCCUCUUAAAGAGGACCAAAAAUAUUCGGUCGUGGUCAAGAGGGUGAUGGAAGGCGUCGAUCUUCAGGCGCUGGGCGUUGUGGUUUCCGGUACCCGCAGGACCAAGACGGGAGCGGUGCUCCUGGAGGUCACGGGAACCGGUGCCCAGGCCGACCUGCUGGCCGCCAAAGUCAGCGAGGCGUUGGACGGCAUGGACGUCCGCGUACAUAGCCCAGUGAUGUCCGCGGCGUUCAUGCUGUUAGACGUGGAAAAGUGGAUAGUGGAAGAGGACGUCGUAGGGGCGUUGACCACUAUCCUCUCGAAAGAAGGGGUUGGUGUGUCGGUCGGUGCGGUGUCAGUCCGACUUCAUGGUAGUGGUAAGGGCCGCUACACGUGGUGCGAGGUCUCCAUCAGGGCCUCGCAACCGCUGGUCGGACUGACACGACUCCGGGUGGGAUGGGGCACGUGCCGGAUCCGGGUCCCACAGGAUAAGGGACCACGCUGCUACAGGUGCCUCGAAAGGGGCCACGUGCAAACGGCCUGUAACGGCGUCGAUCGGACCGGCGCGUGUUUCACGUGCAGGGCAGCGGGCCACAGGGCGAGGGAUUGCCCCAAGAAGGUGGGAGGAAAGGAGAGGCCUACUUAGGGUAUCUCCCAUUCUCCUCACCGUUUGUGUAUGUUUCUAUGUGUUUGUGAAUUCUUUUAUGCCCACCCUUAGCUAAGUCCAACCCCCACCUCCACGUGGUGCGACCUGGGCAACGGAUACCACUCUAGGAUCCGGCUAACGGGGGAGGCAACGUCGUGUUGUGACUCAGCUCUUUUAGCAGUUUUAAUGCGACGUUGGGUGCCCUGAAGCAAUACCUCACGGUAGUUCCAGGGCCACAGCAUGCCGGCGGUGAAAAAAAAAAAAAAAAAGGUGGCCCGGGGCGAAAGGUCAGCCGCCCAAAAGGCGAAGCCUCCUCCUCCUCCAAAAUCAGCAUGGAAGGGUCCUUCUGCGGCCCAACUAAAGGCCAAGGUGCCCCGCAUGGAGGCGGUGGUGAUUGGGCCCCUGAAGGAGGGGCAACAGUACGCGGCCGUUAUGAUGUAGGCUACGGUUAUGAUGUGUGUUUGUGGGGGCGCCUCACUUGCGCCUCACUUAUAAUCUCCCCGGCGCCUCACUUAUAAUCUUCUCCGGCGCCUCACUUAUCAAAAUUAUUAGCGCCUCCCUUAUCAAAAUAAAAAAUCAAUUUGAUAACAAAUAAUAGCGCCUCACAACCUCCCACUUCAAAGAUGAUUGUAUUCUUCCCUCACUCCUGUUAUUUAAUAUUGGUAUAAAACACAAUCGCUCGUGAAAAUCAAUCGUAUUGUAUCUUCGUUUUCUUACUCGUAUGUGUAAUCAGUGAAGUAUAACAGCGUGAUAUUCAAGAUGAGCAUGAUGAAAAUGACAACUGGAGGAAAAGAUAUAAGAAUGAGUAUUCGGAAUCAACCUCAACCUGAGUUUUCUAUACUAGCAACGUCGGUCUUCAAUUUGAGUUUCGUCGAGCGAAAAUUUCUACACAUCGGUUGCACGUGGAUAAACGACCGAUACUCUCCCGUAAUGAUAAUAUUAUCUCCAAGUAUGUAUUUAUGGAUGGAUGUCGAUAAAUUUAUUAAUUUUUUACAAUUAAUCGAUGAAGUUAUUUCAUUUAUGGAUGAAUCGUGUAAAUCAAAAAUUUAUUUGAAUUCCGUUUUUAACAUUGUAAAAUCGAAAUGUUUCUCGAAAAGUUAUCUAUCAAUAUCGGGUAAAGGUAGCGAAGAAGAAAAAAUGGGGCGUAUAUCAUUGACUGAAGAAAAUCUAUAUGCGUUGAAAGAAAUGAAGUCAUGUCUCCUGGAAGUAACCAAAGAGAAAUAUGAAACAUGUAACUUAUUGUACAUACAAAGUAAAGAAUUUUACGAAAAAGUAAAGGAUUUGGUUAUAAACAAGUUUUUAGUAUUAUCCGAAAAUUUAAUGUAUUCCAUCGUGAAAAGUAUGGAUAUAUCGUUAUUGCCAAAGACAUCAACAGCACUGUACAAAGAAAUAGUUACCUUCGAUUAUAAAUGUAUCAUUAAACGUAUAUGGGAACAAUUCAUUGAGGAUUUCAAACAUCAAACCAAUCAGGAUGUUAAGCAGAUGACAAAUGAAAAUAUAAGUAAAAACGAUGACCAACAAGAUCAUUUGGAAAAUCACAACGAAAUAAUAAAUUCUAAAUAAUAUGAAAAGUGAACCACUGUCUCCACUACUUGGCGAAGAAGAAUUCGCAGAUAUAAUAAACGAGAUGAAAAUUGAACCACUUUCGCAAACAAUGUCUCAAGAAUUAUUACCAGAUUUUUGGAAUAUGGAUGAUUAUUAUAUUAAUAUAGUUAAUGAAAUAGAAAAUCCUGCAUCAUAUUCGAUGAUCGAUGCGGGGCAACAUCAAACUUGGUUAAAUGAAACACGAAUCAGUUAAUGGAAAUUGUCUUCAUCUCGGAACACAUCCAUGGUUGAAUUUUGAUACGGAAGAAGAUUUAUUAGACCUAAUAACACAGGGAACGUGGGUUGAUGAUGUAAAGACAUCAGAUUACCAAGAAAUGAUAAGUAAAAGACGUUAGGAGUUGGAAUAUUGAAUUUGACGACGAAGAAUGUGCUCGAGAGACAGAUGAAUUAUCACUAGCUGUAUUCAAAGAAUAUGAACAAAAACAUUGGAAAAAAAAAAAGUUAAAUAACUAUUUCAAUAACAAUAGUAAUAAAUAAAUUUAUAAAGAUAUUAAUAAUGUAUAAUAUUGUAAAUAAAUUUAAAUUUAAUCAUUAAAUGUAAAACAUAAAUAACUAAA